AUGGCUUCGGAAAAAGAAAUUAGAAGAGAGAGAUUCUUAAACGUUUUCCCUAAAUUAGUGGAGGAAUUGAACGCAUCGCUUUUGGCUUAUGGUAUGCCCAAGGAAGCAUGUGACUGGUACGCUCACUCUUUGAACUACAACACUCCAGGCGGCAAAUUAAAUAGAGGUUUAUCCGUUGUGGACACGUAUGCCAUUCUCUCCAACAAGACUGUUGAACAAUUGGGACAAGAAGAAUACGAAAAGGUUGCCAUUCUGGGUUGGUGCAUUGAGUUGUUACAAGCUUACUUCUUGGUCGCCGAUGAUAUGAUGGACAAGUCCAUUACCAGAAGAGGCCAACCAUGUUGGUACAAGGUCCCUGAAGUUGGGGAAAUUGCUAUCAAUGAUGCAUUCAUGUUAGAGGCUGCCAUCUACAAACUUUUGAAAUCUCACUUCAGAAACGAAAAAUACUACAUAGAUAUCACCGAAUUGUUCCAUGAAGUCACCUUCCAGACCGAAUUGGGCCAAUUGAUGGACUUAAUCACUGCGCCUGAAGACAAAGUCGACUUGAGCAAGUUCUCUCUAAAGAGGCACUCCUUCAUAGUUACUUUCAAGACCGCUUACUAUUCUUUCUAUUUGCCUGUUGCCUUGGCUAUGUACGUUGCCGGUGUGACCGAUGAAAAGGACUUGAAACAAGCCAAGGAUGUCUUGAUUCCAUUGGGUGAAUACUUCCAAAUUCAAGAUGACUACUUGGACUGUUUCGGUACCCCAGAACAAAUCGGUAAGAUCGGUACAGAUAUCCAAGAUAACAAAUGUUCUUGGAUUAUCAACAAGGCGCUAGAACUUGCUUCAGCCGAACAAAGAAAGAUUUUGGACGAAAAUUACGGUAAAAAGGACUCAAGCGCAGAAGCCAAAUGUAAAAAGAUUUUCAAUGACUUGAAAAUCGACCAGUUAUACCACGAAUAUGAAGAGUCUGUUGCCAAGGAUUUGAAGGCCAAGAUCUCCCAAGUCGACGAGUCUCGUGGCUUCAAAGCCGACGUCUUAACUGCGUUUUUGAACAAGGUUUACAAGAGAAGUAAAUAA